AUGGGGUUCUCGCGUUCAUUUUCUUGCAGUGCUAUGGGAGCCCUAAUCUUGGGUUGCCUUCUGCUUCAAGCAUCAACCUCUAAUGCUCAGUUGAGGCCUGAUUUCUACUUCAGAUCAUGCCCGCCUCUUUUUGAUAUCAUUGGGGAUAUCAUUGUCGAGGAAUUGCGCUCCGAUCCUCGUAUUGCCGCUAGCAUCCUUCGCCUUCAUUUCCAUGACUGUUUUGUUAAUGGUUGUGAUGCAUCAAUCCUUCUUGACAAUUCCACAUCGUUCCGGACCGAGAAAGAUGCUGCUCCGAACGCGAAUUCGGUUAGAGGGUUCAAUGUCAUAGAUCGAAUGAAAGACGAGGUUGAGUGGUAUUGUCCAAGCACGGUGUCUUGUGCAGAUAUUCUCACCAUUGCUUCUCAAAUAUCAGUUCAAUUGUCGGGAGGUCCAUGGUGGCCUGUUUCAUUGGGGAGGAGAGACAGCUUAAGAGCUUUCUUUGAUCUGGCUAAUACGGCUCUUCCAUCUCCAUUUUCCACUCUUGCUCAACUUAAAGCAAGUUUUGCUGCCGUUGGCUUAAACCGCACCUCAGAUUUAGUCGCUCUGUCAGGUGGUCACACAUUUGGAAAAGCACAAUGUCAAUUUGUAACUCCACGUCUCUACAACUUCAACGGUACCAACAGACCAGACCCAAGUCUUAACCCACUUUACCUCGCUCAACUCCGUGGAUUGUGCCCUCAAAACGGAAACGGCACCGUUUUGGUCAACUUCGACGUGGUGACACCUAAUGCUUUCGAUAGGCAAUACUACACGAAUCUUCGUAAUGGGAGAGGUCUGAUUCAGAGUGAUCAAGAACUGUUCUCAACUCCACGAGCCGAUACAAUUCCACUAGUGGAACAAUACAGCAGCAACACAAACGUGUUCUUUCAAGCAUUCAUUGAAGCAAUGAUUAGGAUGGGAAAUAUUACACCUUUGACUGGGACUCAAGGCGAGAUAAGGGCAAACUGUAGGGUGGUGAACCCGAGAAUUAGAAGUGUGGAGAAUGAGGAUGGUGGCGUUGUGAGUUCGAUUUGA